AGUGGCUCUGCUUUCGAUCCGCGGCUGGAACCCUCAUCCCUGCGGGAUUCGUCAUGCCUUUUACAAUGGAGGAUGCCAAAAAAGCUGCAUCUUUCUGGGACGUGCCCGGAUGCAAGGCCGGCGUGGUCACGGGAGAGGUGGCCUGGGGAUUGUUGCAGCACGCAAAGGCGCAUGGCUAUGCCAUCCCGGCCUUCAAUUGCACCAGCACCAGCACCAUCAACUCGGUCCUGGAGGCUGGCAAGGCCUUGAACCGACCCAUCAUGAUCCAAUUCUCGGAGGGCGGAUCAGCCUUCAUGGCCGGAAAGAGCCUUCCCAACGAGAAGGGGGUGCUGCAGGCCUCCAUCCUGGGAGCUGUGGCCGGCGCCCAGUUCGUACGGACCGUGGCGCCCGCCUAUGGCAUUCCAGUUUUCGUGCACUCCGACCACUGUGCCAAGAAAUUACUGCCAUGGUUCGAUGGUAUGUUGGAGGCAGACGAGGGCUACUUUAAAGUGCAUGGUGAGCCGCUCUUUUCCUCCCACAUGUUGGACUUGUCGGAGGAAGUGGACGAAGAGAACAUUGCCAUCUGCCAGAAAUACUUGAAGCGGAUGGCGCCGAUGAAGUGCAUUCUGGAAAUGGAGAUUGGCAUCACUGGUGGGGUUGAGGAUGGAGUUGACAACACUGGUGCCUCAAAGGACAAGUUGUACUCAACUCCAGAGGAUGUCUUCAAGGUCUAUGAGGGAUUGAACCCCAUUUCGCCAAUGUUCACCAUUGCAGCGGCCUUCGGGAACGUCCAUGGUGUCUACAAGGCUGGUAAUGUGGUGCUGCGUCCAGAGUUAUUGGGCGAGUUUCAAGCUUAUGCGGAGAAGCAGACAGGAGUCAGCAAGCCGCUCUUCUUCGUCUUCCACGGCGGCAGUGGCUCAGAGAAGCAUCACAUCACCACGGCCCUCAACAACGGAGCAGCUCGGCAGCACCUUGUGGGUGCCAAAGAGAUGGGAUGA